AAUGAAUCUUCGAACGAAUUUAAUCUUGCUCUGUUUAUUUUAUAGUGGCUACAACCCACUAGCAGGCCUGCAGAUUUUCUUUACGCUCUCAAGAUGCAGAGAUGGAGCAGAAGGAAGCCGCAUUUACAGCUCUUGGCAUUUCUCUUUAUCGGCUUCAUAAUGCUCACAAUCUUCUACAACGAAAGUAGCAUUCAACAAAUCCAUGAAGACUCAGAUCAAGAUAAUCAUAAUCAAAAGAUUGUAUAUAUCAAACCAAAUGUUCCCAGAAACAGUCGAUUACGAGCUCCGGAGAUUUUAGAUAGAUUCAGUAUAUGCAACUCUAGUAGGGAGUAUAGUGGCAAGAAAAUCAUGUGGGUGGACCCAACGCGGGAAUCGGGUCGGAGGUGGGUGAGUGAUACGGAGAAGUGCGAUGUGUUUUCCGGCAAGUGGGUUUUUGAUAAUAUUUCUUAUCCGCUAUACAAGGAAUCGGAUUGUCCGUACAUGUCUGAUCAGCUGGCUUGCCACAAACAUGGAAGGCCUGAUCUGGGAUAUCAGUACUGGAGAUGGCAACCUCAUAACUGUAACUUAAAGAGAUGGAAUGUGACUGAAAUGUGGGAGAAGUUGAGAGGGAAGAGGCUAAUGUUUGUUGGGGAUUCAUUAAACAGAGGGCAGUGGAUAUCAAUGGUGUGUUUGUUGCAGUCAGUAAUUCCAUCAAACAAGAGAUCCAUGUCGCCUAAUGCUCCCCUUACCAUUUUCACCGCAGAGGAGUACAAUGCAACUGUGGAAUUUCUUUGGGCCCCUCUGUUGGUUGAAUCUAAUUCUGAUGACCCAGUUAACCACAGAUUGGCUGACCGGAUAAUGCGACCAGAUUCAGUGCUUAAGCAUUCAUCAAAAUGGGAGCAUGCCGACAUACUAGUUUUUAACACAUACUUGUGGUGGAGACAAGGCCCUGUUAAGCUGUUAUGGAGUACAGAAGAAAAUGGGAUUUGUGAGGAACUUGAUGGUCUGGGAGCCAUGGAGUUGGCCAUGGGAGCUUGGGCAGAUUGGGUAGCCACCAAAGUCAAUCCCCUCAAGAAACGGGUCUUUUUUGUUACAAUGUCCCCUACACAUCUUUGGAAACGAGAAUGGGAAUCAGGAAGUGAAGGAAAUUGCUAUGGCGAAAAGAGUCCUAUCAAUGAUGAAGGCUACUGGGGUAGUGGUUCGGAUUUGCCCACAAUGCGAAUGGUGGAGAAAGUGCUAAGCAGGCUGCGCUCAAAGGUUACUGUUCUCAACAUUACUCAGCUGUCAGAGUACCGAAAAGAAGGUCACCCUUCCAUUUACCGGAAAUUCUGGGAGACAUUUAGCCCGGAGCAGUUGUUGAAUCCUGCAACAUACUCCGAUUGCAUUCAUUGGUGCUUACCAGGGGUACCUGAUGUAUGGAAUGAAUUAUUGUUUCAUUUUUUGUGAAGCCAAACCUAAUAUGCAAAAUAAGUUUCUGAGUGUUUUGUCUCAUAUAUCAUUUGGAAAAGCAAAGGAGAAUUAGGCCGUCUGUAUUUCCCGAAGGGAAUGAGGGAUGUGGAGGUAAAUUCCUCCAUGGGAGAAGAGCACAAGUUAAAGCAAAGAGAUAGUGCCUUUGUUGAAUAUGUAUUAUGCUUGUAGCUAAUCAAUCAUUUGUUUUCUCCAA